ACGGAGCGGAGCGCGGUCGACCUACGAACUUGGCGAGCCGUGAACCUCGAAGGCGUGCAUCAACAAGCACAAGGCCGGCCUCCUAGAACCCUAGCGCGAGCAGCGGGUCGGGAGGGAAGGAAGGAACUCCGACGGCCCGGACGAGGUGCCGCCAUGAAGCUGACGGUGAGGAAACUCAAUGGCACCCACUUCGAGAUCCGGGUGCAGCACCAUGACAGCAUUAUGGCUGUCAAGAAAAAGAUUGAAGAGAUCCAAGGAAAGGAUAGCUAUCCAUGGGGUCAACAAAUGCUGAUUUACAAGGGCAAGGUGUUGAAGGAUGAAAGUACACUGGAUGAGAAUGAAGUUACUGAAGAUGAUAUGCUGGUCGUCAUGCUUAGUAAGAGCAAAGCUUCUGCUUCCAGUGGAACUUCAUCUGCUCAGCCUUUGAGCACUCCUGUAUCCAGGCAAGCGCCUCCAGUUGCUCAACCCCAAGCUCCUCAACCCAUGGUCUCAGCAACUACAACUUCUCAACCUGAAAUACCAUCUGCAGAGACCCCAUCGAGCAUAGUUGAUCAUGCAGCAUCAGAUUUACUGUCUGGAAGCAAUGUUGACACAAUGAUUAACCAGAUAAUGGAGAUGGGGGGUGGCAGCUGGGACAGAGAUAAAGUUCAAAGAGCUCUCCGGGCCGCUUAUAACAAUCCAGAACGUGCCAUUGACUAUCUGUAUUCUGGUAUUCCAGUGGCAGCUGAAGUUGCUGUGCCGGUGGUUGGUCAAGGGGCAAACACAACUGGUGCAGCUCCUUCUGGAGAAACUGGCCUCUCUGGAAUCCCAAAUACAGCACCAUUAGAUCUUUUCCCACAGCAGGGGGCUUCCAAUGCUGGAGGUACUGGUGGUGGUGGAUCACUGGAUUUUCUUAGGAAUAAUCAGCAGUUUCAGGCACUUCGCGAAAUGGUCCAUACAAAUCCACAAAUUUUGCAGCCUAUGAUCCAGGAAUUGGGCAAGCAGAAUCCCCAACUUCUUAGGUUGAUUCAGGAGAACAAUGAGGAGUUCCUUCAGUUACUUGAAGGUGGAGAUGGGGACUUCUUAGAGCAGCCUGACCAGGAUGAGAUGCCUCAUGCUAUCAGUGUGACACCAGAAGAGCAAGAGGCAAUUGGGCGGCUAGAAGCCAUGGGGUUUGACAGAGCACGUGUCAUCGAAGCAUUCUUCGCGUGCGACAGGAAUGAGCAACUGGCUGUAAACUAUCUUCUUGAGCAUGCUGGUGAUGAGGACUAGAGAAAAUUACCUUAGUACUGGAGCUUGUUCUGAACAUCUGACCCAAAUUGAUCGUGACCGUCCCAAGUGACUGCGCUAGCUGAGAUGGAGCUAAUGCUCAGUCGAACAGAUUAUGUCUUUGUACAACACCUAGUUUGCUUCCUGUGUUGCGCAUUUAAAUACUUGUAGAAUGAGCAUGUCUAUUGCGACUUAUCCGGAUGAUACAGUAGUACUUCAAUGUUGUUUACUGUCGUUCUCAAAUCUGUAUUGGUGGUUGUGGACAUCAGUUCUGUUGAUAUAGAUUAUUGGUAAACAUCAGUUCUGGUGAUAUAUUGUUCA